AAGAUGGACUUAUAUUACUUCAAAACCGAAGAGAACACGAAACAAACCAAAAUCAGAAAAAAUAUCAAUCCCUCUCUCUCUCUCUCUCUCUCUCUUUCUCUCUCUCUCUCUCUCUCUCUCCUGUCUCUCCUGUCCCCAUGGGAACUCAACUCCCAGACGCAGCAGACGCUGAUUCCUCCCAACUAGUCCUGAAUUUGAGCGUUGGAGCUAAAGACGACAACACCAAAAUCAACGGAUCAGCGCCUGUAAAUUCCACCAGUCCGGACCAGCCUGUAGACAUCGAAUUCGUGGAGCAGAUCUUGAACUACAAAUUCAAAGACAAGAGUUUGCUGCAACAAGCGUUUACCGAUGCUACUUUCGAUGAGAACUGUGUUUCGUACGAACGUUUAGAGUACUUUGGAGAUACGGUUCUAAAUACGGUUAUUACCAAAUACUUAUACUUUCGAUAUCCGGAUUCUCCACCUGGUUUGCUGACCAAUCUCCGAGCUGUCAACGUCGAUACGGAGAAAUUGGCUAGAGUCGCUGUAAAACACAAUCUCCAUCGCUGUCUCCGUCAUAAGAAACCCUUGCUUGAUGACCAAAUAUUAGAAUUUUCAAAAGAAAUAGAAAAAUAUCCAUUACAUUCGCGUGGUCUUUUGAAAGUCCCUAAAUCUCUAGCAGACAUCGUAGAGUCUACAAUUGGAGCACUCUAUACUGACUGCCACUCCUUAGAGACAGUCUGGAAGGUGGUAAAACCAUUGUUGGAGCCAAUAAUACAUUUAGAAAAAUUGGAGAACCAUCCAAUGACAGAACUUAAUGAGAUGUGUCAGAAGAAGAACUUGAAAUUGAGGUUCGAUGAUAGUACUUGGGAAGUCGAUAAAACGGUUCUUGUUUUUAUUGAAGAUCAUCUGGUUGGACGUGGACACCAUCUUAUCAAGAAAGAUAGUGCUAAAAAUUGCGCUGCAAAAAAUGCUAUCGACAAUUUUUCCCAUUUCUUUUCAAAGAUCUAAUAUCAUAUAUAUCCUUCUGAAAAUUUAAAUUCUCUAGAACAAAUUGUAUUGUUGUUUUGAUUUUAUUUUAAUCUACUUGAAUAAAAUUAACAUUUUGUGUAUGGAUGCUUUGGUUGAUCCUGUAGCGUUGUUGGAAAUCAUAAACAUAUAAGAAUAUCUAAGAGUAAAGCAAAAUUGCAAUGGUCAAUGGAGG